AUGAACGCCAGCAUGUCAGCACCAUGGAAGAUGCAGCAACAACCAGGGCAUCGACCAUCCCUGCACCUCACCUCCACAGCAGGCCUACCACGCGGUCAUGGACGCUCGACACUGAGCUUCGCACCACGCCGCGUCUCGUCCAUGGCUCGUCCCCGCCUCGUGCCCGUCUCGAUGACGACCAGGAUCAUGUACCACCCUGCAACGUUUCUACUUCACCUCGGUGGCAUCACGCUGGGGACCAUGCUGGUGCCUGGUAUUGCGACGCGACGUCAGCUCGCGUCAAAGGCCGCCAAUGACACGGACACAGCUGCUUCAUCAACGACAGCGGCUACGGCUGGACCCCCGAAAUCACUCGUCGAUGAUCGAAUACAUCCUUCACCUACACCGAGGCAGCUCAUCAACCUGGCCAACUCGCUGCGUCGUCAAUUUCACGCUCCUUCCGGCAGUCCCACCCCAUCGAAGCUGCAGAGCCCAGCGGACCCCGACUCAGUCGUACCACUACCUUAUGACGCGUGUUUCACUCUACGACAACUCCACAUGACGAUGCAACGACCCCACAUUACGCUGCCGCCCACGCACAUCUACGGCUACUCGAUGCCAUUGCCGACCCUCAAGCCCGAGAAAUGGGUCUGGCGACUACCGGCGACGUGCGCCUUGCAUGCGAUGCUGCGUCAUCUCCUUCAUCGUCGUCGGAACAACGAGAAAUCGAGGGAAAUGCUCGAGCCUCUCAUCGUUCAACUUGUGCAACACGCGCUGUACUGGGACGGCUUGAUCUGGACCGCGGUCGUCAAGUCCCGAGGCUCCGAAGCGGAAAUCGAGUGGUGGUGGCUCUUUGAGAAGCUCAGAGGCAACAUUACCGGAGAGGGCGCCAACGAGGACGUCGGCAUACUCUCUACUAUUUCGUCGGGGCAAGUGAUCAAAACGACGACUCCGCACAGCUUGCAGCGAUCGACCGAGAUGCCACUCGCGGCUCCCUCGGACGCUGCCACCCGCUCGCGCAAGCGAAGAUCCCCCGCACACCGCAGACGAGUCGAGAGACGGCGAGUCGAGAUGUCGAUGAACCCACAAAAUAUGCGACAGAGUCAGCUCGAUCAAGCUGAUCUCCACAGUGUCGAAGUGCUCGGUCAGUUCUGCGAGCCCGCCUCGGCCGCGGCGGCAGACCUCACGUCGCAUCCGCUCUCCUCCAUCCCGCUCCCUACCCUCGAACUCGUUUUCGACUGUCUGGCCCGAUCGCCAUCGUCAUCGACCCGGUCUUCGGCUCUGUCGAUCGCACUCUCGAUGUCGAACCUCUCGUUCCGACGAUCGGCGCGUUUCCACUCCCAAGCAUUCGAUCUCGCGCUUGCGCUCGGCCGACCCGAUCAUGCGGCUCGAUUUUGGUCCGAUUGGCUAGUGCAGUCUCCGUAUCAUUCAUCUGGUUCGACGCGAAGAAGACUGGCGAACGAGUUGACUCGAUUGAAACCCCAUCUCCGGGCAUCCAGGGAGGAAUUCUCGAGCGAGUUGGGCCAGAAACAACUAUCCGCGAUGGCGACUCUGACGCGAGCAUUGCAUCUCGAGUGGUCACGGCGUAGCGCGGCAUCCGACCCAGAACGGCCACUGGUCGAGUCUCUCCUCUUGGACUUGGUAGGAUCAUUCCCUCCCUCAAUCGAACAGAUUGCGGUCGAAGGUCAGAGCGAGUACCGUCGUGUUCAUCGACUCCAUUCGGCUGUUUUUUUAAUGGCUCGUCAAGUCAUGCUCGAGGUCUUAUCAUCCCUCUUGGGUCGUCAAGUCAUUGCCGGUGCCUCAGUGACGGACCCAGCAGAAUUAGGACCACCUUUGUUACCAUCAGGCUCCGAGUCAUCACCGCCGCAUCGGCUCGACAUUUUCACCUUCAACGUCCUCAUCACCUACGCCUUGCGUCAACUGCAAUCAUACCCCAUCGCAUCCGAGCUCGUUUCCAAGCUCCGUCAACUCGGCCUCACACCCACCGCAACGACGCAUAACCUCCUCUUCGAGACCUUACUACACUCGGACCUCGACCCUCUCGAAGCCAUCAAGUCAGGUCAAAUUCCUCACAAUGACCAUACGUGGUCGCUACUCCUCUCUCAUCUCGCGCGGACAAAGCAAGCCCAUCGAAUCGACGAGGUGGUCUUCUACCUUCUACCCGAAUUGGAUCAUUCUUCCGUCGUAGGGAAGAGUAAACCGGCAACCGAACCGACACCGCCGAGGGAGGAUAAAGGGGCGGAGUUCUACACGGUCCUCUUAUCCGCUCUGUUCAAGUUGCGCAAGACGGGAUUGGCGGAGAGGGUGUUUAGGCACGCGAGAUGGGCGGCGCAACGUUCGCGUCAGACCCGGCCAGUGGUGGAGACGCAAGUUGAAGCCGAGCCAAUUGUUCGGAGUGUUCGACGAAGGGGUAAAACGACCAUCGAAUCUACACCAGCGACUGCACCAUCUCCCGAUCGAGUCAAGCCUUGGGUGCUCCCCCCCGCGGCUUACAUCUCUAUGCUCCUCCUCUACGCGAACGAAGCGCAACACCCUCACCACUCCCUUGAACCAGGUCAACCUCCACACGCUCGUACCUUCGUCAACGGUUGGGGUCGUCGACCUCUGCGUAUCCAUACCCAGAAAGCCCGGCAACAAGAGCUCGAAGCCAAAUUCGGAUCCUCCUUCGCUUCUUCCCGACCACGUCAAACGCGCUCAAUCAACGUCUCGGGUUAUUCAAGAAAGGAAGCGGCUGCGAUCGUGGCGAUGUAUGAAUUGGAAGUCUCUUCGAGCGUGGAGGAGAUGGGGAGCUUGGCCAAGGCGAUGAAGAGUGAUCUUGGGAGGAGGUGUUUGAAGAUCUUGUUCCCUGAGAUGCAGGGCAGCGAGCAAGGGGUCCGGGGAGCGAUCAGGAGGAGAAGGAGGGAUUUGAAGGAGGAGAUGGAGGUUCUGAGAGCGAGAUAA